GAAGUGCAACCAUCAAAUACGCGACGACCAUUUAGUUGUGUUUUUAAUUCAAAUAAAAAAGGAGCCGCAAUAUAAACUUGAAAAUUGUUAAACAGACAUUCAUAUUAACCAAAAAUAGUAUUAAAAAAUAUAUUUAUAAAAUAUUUUGUGAUUAAACAAGAAUUUUUUAUUGGAAAAAAUUGUGAAAUUCAAGGAAAAGGGGUUGAGAAGAAAAAUAUAAAAAGUCCUCAAAGAAAAAGCGUGAGAGAGAACGAUUAGAAAAAAAGAGAGUUUUGUUUCUGAGCGAAAGGGAAAAGUGUCAAGUCAAGAAAAACAAUUGACCAAACGAAACAGGGUGUGUGUGUGAAAAGUGUGAUAAAAAACCCCAUACGUCACUUUUCGUUGAAAUAAAUUUUCACAACCAAUUGGACAAAUAAAAAGAAACGUCCUUUUCUCUAUUCUACAAAAAUGGAUUUCAAUUUUACCGAUUUAAAAAAGGAAGCUGCUGCCACAGCUGACGAUAUAUUCAGUCAUACAAGUGAAGCAACCAAACAAGUGGGUCAGGAUUUACUAGGACACCUUGGUGGAGGAGGACGUCAAGAUGACAAUUCUCACACUGAACAGAGCUUUGGCAACGACCAAAAAGAAAUGGAUUUUGAGCAUGUAGAUCCACAAACAUUCGUACAACGUAUGUCUGCUGGAGCCAAAGAGGCUCAAGAACAAUUGGAUGCCAAAUUUUCACAAACUAAAGAGGAUUUGGAUGAUUUCUUUGGUCAAACCAGCAAUAAUGCCAAGCAAGGUGUGGCUGCUGCCACCAAUGAUUUUAUGAAUGCCGAACGCGGUUUUAUGACCGGUGCCGGUGAUAAGGCCAAGGAUAUUGAGAAAAAGGCAGCCCAGGCUGUCGAUGAUCUCUUCGGUUCACACUUGGGCAGCGGUGACAAUAAAUUCGAAGCCUCUGCUCCCCUCGACGAUAAUGUGCAAUCUGCUAACAACAAUUUCAACAACUUCAUGGAUGACAAUGCUCCCAUGACCACAUUUGGUAAAACUUCGACCACUGCUUCUGCUAUUAGCAAAGAUUCAGACAACGAUUCUCCUUCCAUUUCUUACAACCCCUCACCGGUUAAGAAAAUACCUGCUACCGAUGCUUUGAAAGAACAGGAUAAUGAAAAAUUCAUUUCAUCUGAAGAUCUUUUGGGCGACUUUAAGGAAGAGCGCACCGCUACUCCCGACUCACAGGCUUCCGCUAAACUUCCCACACAAACUAAAGCACCACCAGCCGUACCAACUACAGACUUGGAUAACGAAGACGAUGAUGAAGACUUUGUUCAAGCUGAAAUACCAGCUAAACCAGUCGAACAAAAGAUUGCGGCUCCUGUUAUAGAACCCACACCAGUUCCAGUGGCUAAACCAGCUCCGGUUGUACCGGAACCGGCUAAAACUCAGCCACCACCACCAGUUCAAGAAACAAAAAAAGAAACACCAACUCCUGUUGUUAUCGAAACAAAGCCCAAGACUACAAAGACUACUACGAAUGCACAACAACCAAAUAUUGUGUCGGUCGAGGAUAUUUUCUACAAAUAUGGUUUGGACGCAUGGUUUAAGCCGGAACGCUUACAUCCACGAGUGGAGUCCCUUAUUUACUGGCGCGAUGUGAAAAAAUCGGGUAUUGUUUUUGGUGCUGGUCUUGUCACACUUUUGGCCAUUUCAUGUUUCUCUGUCAUCAGUGUAUUUGCCUAUUUGUCGUUGAUCUUACUGACAGGCACAAUUGCCUUCAGAAUCUAUAAAUCAGUUAUGCAGGCCAUACAAAAGACCUCCGAUGGUCAUCCCUUCAAAGAAUAUUUGGAAUUCGAUUUAACAUUGUCCCAAGAGAAAAUCCAAAAUAUUGCCGGUGUUGCUGUUGCCCAUUUAAAUGGCUUCACUGCUGAAUUGAGAAGAUUGUUCUUGGUUGAGGAUUUAGUCGAUUCCAUUAAAUUCGGUGUGAUUAUGUGGGUUAUGACCUACAUUGGAGCUUGGUUCAAUGGCAUGACAUUGGUGAUUUUGGCCUUUGUCUCCUUGUUCACCUUGCCCAAGGUCUAUGAAAACAACAAACAAUCUAUUGAUACUUACUUGGAUUUGGCCAGAAGCAAAGUUGCUGAAGUAACCGAAAAGAUCAAAGUAGCCAUUCCCAUUGGCAACAAGAAGCCCAUUGCUGCUGAAACCGAAAAGGACAAGUAAAUUUCAAAUGCAACAAACCAACCAACCAACAACCAUGUUGUAAAGCAACAUUAAUUUGUAUUAACAUCUUAAAAAGUAAAAAAGAAAAACAAACAAAAUAAAGAAAAACCAAGAGAACAAGAUGAAGAUUGAGGAGAAAGCAAACAAAAACAAACGCAACUUUACUAUCUAAUUGCAAUUACAUAUAUUUUUUCUUUGUGUUAAGAUAAAACCCAAAAUAAUUUACAAACAACAUUUUUAAUAACCAUAUACAACAAUAUAAAAUCAGAGCUGUAAAUGAAUCAUUCUUUUUUGAUUUUAAUUCAUUAUGAAUUAGCUAAAUUUUGAAUUAAUUCAUUGAAUUGAAAAAAUGAAUUGAAUGAAAUUUGAAUCAAUUCAAACGAAUUAAGCAGAAAUGAAUUUCAAUUCAUUUCUAAUUCAAAUGAAUUUGUAAAAAUGAGUUGCAAUUCAUUUACAAUUCAUUUGAAUUGAAUUGAUUUUGAAUUAAUUCAAAUGAAUUAGAAAAAAGAAUUAGCAAUUCAAAUGAAUGACUCGAAAAUGAGUUGCAAUCAAUCAAAUUCAAGAGCAGAUCUCUAGGGGGAAUGAAACAUUUCUCCUACCAAAAUGAAAAUAUCCAGUACAAAAAUUGAAAAGCCUUGUCCUGUAUACGCGCCUGAUCAAUGAAAACAUGGUGUUUGGAGUUUAUUUCUUCAAGAAGAACUGAUUUUUAUUUUGAAAUACGCUGAACGACAAAACAUAUUUAAUAUUCAAGAAGCAAUUAAUAAUUUUUGAAAUUUUGUGACCCACGACCACCCAACGACAAACUUUUUGCUAAUAUUUAUAUUAUAUUUAUUUCAAAAAAAUAAAACUAUCUUCCAAAAAUAAUCAAAAAUCAGGAAAAAUAACAAUGUAUGUAGUUCAAAACACAAUUGAGUUUCAUAAAUAAGGCUAAUUAGAUUUAAUUAGAAUGCAUUUGGAAAUGAAUUGCUAAUUUUUUUUCUAAUUCAUUUGAAUUAAUUCAAAAUCAAUUCAAUUCAAAUGAAUUGUAAAUGAAUUGAAUUAAUUCAAAAUCAAUUCAAUUCAUUUGAAUUGGAAACGAAUUGCAAUUCAUUUUUACCAAAUUCAUUUGAAUUAAUUCAAAAUCAAUUCAAUUCAUUUGAAUUAGAAACGAAUUGCAAUUCAUUUUUACCAAAUUCAUUUGAAUUGACUCAAAUUUCAUUCAAUUCAUUUUUUUGUGUGAAUGAUUCGCGAAUUAAUUCAAAAAUGAGUGAUUCAUUUACAGCUCUGUAUAAAAUAAACACACAAUCCUCAAAAAAACAAAAACAAACAAAAACAGAAAACGUAACAAAAUUUAUUGGUAGCACUUUAAAUUCAACUUAAAACUCUAUACCGAACGAAAUUCAUUUUAUUUAUUUUGUAUUUUUUUCUUUAUAUAUAUUUUUCAAAACUUUUCUCAAAUACCACAGACAAACAAACAACCAAAAACAAUUUUGGCCUAUACUACAUAAAUAAAACUUUUAAACAAAAGAGGAAAUAAACAAUAACAAAAAGAAAAACAUUUUUAUUUAACAAAAAUGUUUUGUAAUGUAGUUUUGACUUUAUAAUGAUGAUUAUUAUUACUUUUGGAUGAUUGAACGAUAUGUGUUAAUAUAAUAAGAAAAUAAUAACAACCAACAUGUUUUAUUUUUAAUUAUGCUUAUUUUUGAAAAUAUGAAUUAUAUUAUGAUGAUUAUUACUAUUACUAAUUAUAACUCUUUUAUUUGGUAAUUUUAUUAAAUAGAUUUUCCUUAAAAAAGAAAUGAAGCAUAAACAAACAAAAAUUUACCCUUUUAAGGAAAACUAAAAACAAUGCAAUUUCGAGCUGUUUUUAUCUCUUUUUUUUCUCUUAGUUUCUACAUUUAUAGUUCUAUAUAAAAUAAAUUUUUCCCAUUUAUUUGUUGAUUUUUUUUUUUUAAAUUGUAGCUUAAUCCUUUGUUUUUUAGUUGAAGAAGACUUAAACUAUCUAUCUAUUAUUAUUAUUAUAUUAUGACAUCAUUACUAAGCUAAUUAGCUAGCUACAUUUACUUGAAAACCAAGAAUAAAUAACAUGAAGAAAGAAAAAAACCAACAAACAAAACAUUAUUAAGAUAACUGAGUAAAUAAAUAAAAGAAACUUUAAAACUUAAACAAAAAAAUUAUAUAUAUAAAAUAUAUCAAAA